CUGUCGCGUGUUUGUUUCCACUUUUUAAUGUUUUUAUUAAAUUAACCGUUGGAUAAAUGUUAAAUUAAUGUUAAAUAAAUGCGCAGCAGCAGCUACUACAAGCUCCAGAAUGGCUCCAGCUGCUCCUACUCCAAGUUAAAAGCUUCAGCUCAGACUAAAGCGGACUCUGCAGGCUCCGCCAUGCCUCAGAAACAGCAGAAGAACGCUCAGACGGCUCACUACAUCGAGCUGGGAGGUUAUCAGUACUGGCCCGUUCUCGUUCCCCGCGGGAUCAGACUCUACACCUACGAGCAGAUCCCCGGCUUCCUGAGGGAGAACCCUUACAUCACCGAUGGGUACCGAGCGUACCUGCCCUCCAGACUGUGUAUUAAGAGCCUCUUCAUUCUGUCCAAUGAGACAGGAAGUAUCUGGAGUCAUCUGCUGGGCUUCCUGCUCUUCUUCUGCCUCGGCGUUUACAACAUGGCGUCGGUGCUGCCGGCCUUCGGAGCCUCCAGAGAGGAUUACGUCAUCUACUCCAUCGGACUCUUCUGCUUCCAGCUGUGCAUGCUGUGCUCGGUGGGUUACCACCUGUUCUGCUGCCAUCGCUCGGAGAAGACGAGCCGCCGCUGGAUGGCGCUGGACUACGCCGGCAUCUCCAUCGGCAUUCUGGGAUGUUACGUCCCCGGAGUCUUCUACACCUUCUACUGCAAUAACUAUUGGCGUCAGGUGUACUUAGUGACGGUCCUCGCUAUGAUCCUGGCCGUGUUCUUCGCUCAGAUUCAUCCUCAUUACCUCAGCAAGCAGUGGAAGCAGCUUCGCUCGCUCAUCUUCUGCUCGGUGGCCGGUUACGGCCUCAUUCCCACCGUCCACUGGAUCUGCAUCACCGGGGGUUUCUCCUCCGAGCUCGUCCAGGCUUUUGUGCCUCGGGUCCUGGGGAUGUAUUUAAUCGCUGCGCUAGCUCUCAUUUUCUACGUGUCGAAAGUCCCUGAACGUUACUUCCCAGGUCAGCUGAACUACAUCGGCUCCAGUCACCAGGUUUGGCAUCUGCUGCUGGUGCUGAUGUUUUAUUGGUGGCAUCAGUCGUCGUGUUUCAUCAUGGCGUACAGACACAGCCAGCCGUGUCCCGACUCCGCCCCGCAACACUCAUAGGACGCCGCUCGGCAUGCUGGGAGACGGAGUCUUAAUGAUGGUCGAGGCUGCAGCAUUUCCCAGCAUGCAUUGGUGCAGACACGGCCGAGGACACAGAUCGUCUUCAGUCCAGCUGAGCCGAGACUCUCUGUGAUGUAGGAGUAAAAAAAAAAAAAAAAAAAAAACCUAAAAUAAAACCAGCACAUCAGAAAAGGAGCUGCAGACGCAUCACAUCUCCUCCAGGUCCAGGAAGUCGAGUUGAUUUUCAAAAUAAAACUCGGUGCAGGUAAAGCACCAAGAAAACACUGAAACUCUGCAGUUAAACCACAAAAUCUCCAAUUUCAGAGUUUAAAAAACUUAAAAAAGAAACAUAAUCAGGGUUUGAAAGUUUAGUCAUGUAGCAUUUUACUUUUCUUUUUUUUUUUAGAUCCUUCAUAUUUCUGUAAGUGCCUGUUAUUAAAUUAAACAUCAUGUAGCUCUCUUUUAUUUCACUUUUUGCUCUUAGUACGCCCAACUUUCCAACUAUCUCAUAUUACUUUAACAUUUUUAUAAGCCAGUGGUUUAUA